GUUCAAUGGGGCAGAAAGCCAGACCUGCUGCAGCAGACGCGGUAACUCUCUCUGACCCUCUAACUGCUGCUCUGACCUUUCACUCUUAGGCAGAAUAUAUGCAAUCAGUCACCUCCGCAUCACAACACCAACUGGGUGACAUCACUCAAACAUAUGCAUGCAUCAGGGAGUAAGAAGAUCCUGCCUGGGUUAUGUUUAAUAUAGAUCACUGAGUAACUGACUAAUAUGUAGAGACAAGGGCUGGAAAUGCCAACACACAGAUACAGUGAUGGUGAGAAUACUGCUGAAGUUAUUUUAGCCUGACAGUCAAAGGGUACAGUAGUAUAGCAAUGACAUGUUCAAAAGCUUUUCUGAUAUUCAGACUUUCUAGAAAAGCAUGAAUCUCUAUUUCCUGUAUUUCAAUGUUGUCUAGAGACUUUUUCCAGUCUGUGACGCAUGUUGUCAUAUCAGUACUGUGGAGUCACCCGCACCCAGCCUCUCUUUCCAGAUCUAUCUGGUGUCCACUUCUGUAACUGUAACCCAAUUAAAGCAGAGCAAUGGCUUUCAUUAUUGAAACUGAGAGGCAACAGCCACUAACAGGCUGUUCUGUGCCUUCCAAAUCUGCAGAAACAUUUAAGAUAGCGAUAAAGGUGAAAAUAUUUUGUUUCUCUUCUGUAAAUAUUGAUUCUGCACGCCAUCAGGUAUAUUGUUGUAGCAGCAACUAGUAAGAAUCCUAAUAAAAUACUACAUAUGCGAGUAGUAAGGCCAAAUACAUCAACAAUGAGAAGUGAACACUUUGUCAUGCACCUUUUGGAAAUCACCCAUCCUUAGCUGGUCUGGGGAUGGGGGAGGGGGACCCACCUUAGCUGGCUGGGGCCUGGGGACUCGCCUUGCCUUGCCUUGCUGUCCACAUCCUCUUGUUUCUGCUGUCCUGUCUCAUUCUGAAUGAGACAUCUCGAGGGAGCCUCCUCGUGGCGCCCGCACAUAUAAAACCAGUGGUUUGCAACUCCCGGACACUGAGUCCAGCCUCGCCCCACGCACGCGUCACCGCUUAAUGCAUGCUUCAGCAGUUCAGCAUCCUCUGCCCCGACCAGCUCAGUGGAAUUAACAGCACAACAGCUACCGGACAAAAUAACUCUCCUCUUCUUUAUAGUAAGUGUGCCCAGAGCUUUUAUUCAUCAUUAUUUAUUCAGAGCAUGAAACGUUCGUUUCAAUAUAUAUAUAUAUGUGGAUUAAUAAUUAAACGUCACUGCUAGUUUAUUCAAUCUCAAAGGGGCUAUUACGAAAAUGUGUAUGAUUUAAAAAUAUCAUCUGCCUUCCUAAUUUCUAAAUCAGUUUUAUUGUGAAAAAAAAGUUACGUUUUUUUUCGCGUUCAUAGUUGGCUACACAAUCAAUGCAAUGCGAUUGCUUUUCGAUGUUAUGCUCAUCAGUCAAGGCUACCAUAGGCUACCUCGUUAGAAUGUGCGUGUCCCUGUGCAGGACGGGUGCCAAGGACCACACCCAUUCCGGCAAGUGCUCUGGUUCUCUGGGGAUGUGCCCGUCCUGUAAGGGACACAGUUGCCAUUAGGGAGAAAGCAGAGGAUGGAGUGUGAGGAAAGGACGUGAAAUUAGGAAACCAACAGGUGAUUUAGUUUAUGAUAGAACAACGACGACAGGUAGACUAGACUAAUGGUUAAAAGCGUUGAGCCAGUAAGCGAAAAGUUUGAAUCCUGAGCCGAUUAGGUGAAAAACAUUUAAUUGAGCAAGGCACUAAACCUAAUUUAUCAUAUGUCGGUCUGGAUAAGAGUGUCUUUUAAAUGACUAAAAUGUACAAAAAAAAAUAAACAAUUAAGAAAUGCUGGCUCAGAAUGAACAAAGUGACUACCAUGAAGCCUAUGCAUUAUUUAUGGCUCUGAUGUCAAUAACUGGACUUUAAUACAAACAUUAUAUUGCUUGACAAUGUUCCGUUUUGUACAUGAUGUAUUGUUUUUGUACAGCAGGUGCAGACUGCCAGUGCUGAAACUGCUCCAGGGUGUUGGUCAGCAGAGCUGCAGACUACUUGUCCGUCCGUCUGUCUGUCUGUCUGUCUGUCUGUCUGUCUGUCUGUCUGUCUGUCUGUCUGUCUGUCUGUCUGUCUGUCUGUCUGUCUGUCUGUCUGUCUCUGUCUGGGUGAGCAGGACAGAAGGAGCAAUGGCUAACAGGGGACCCAGUUACGGGCUGAGCAAGGAGGUGCAGGAGAAGAUAGAGCUGAAGUAUAAUCUAGACUUGGAGGCCCGGCUGGUGGACUGGAUCGUAGCUCAGUGUGGGGGGAACCUGGAGAGACCACAGCCAGGCAGACAGAACUUCCAGACAUGGCUGAUGGAUGGAACAAUUCUCUGUAGGCUCAUCAAUAGCCUGUACCCACGUGGUAAGGAGCCCAUCAAGAAGAUUCUGGAGACCCAGAUGGCCUUUAAGCAGAUGGAGAAGAUCUCCCAGUUCCUGCAGGCAGCAGAGGUCUACGGAGUCAUCACCACAGACAUCUUCCAGACCGUGGACCUGUGGGAAGGGAAGGAUAUGGCCGCCGUGCAGAGAACCCUGAUGGCCCUAGGUAGUGUCGCCCUCACCAAGGAUGAUGGACAUUACCGUGGCGACCGCGACUGGUUCCACAGGAAAGCCCAGGGUUACCGGCGGGAGUUCUCUGAGGACCAGCUUCGUCAGGGCCAGAGUCUGAUUGGUCUGCAGAUGGGAAGCAACCGCGGGGCUUCUCAGUCCGGCAUGACAGGCUACGGAUCGCACCGCCAGAUCAUGUAGAGACACCAGCCAGCCGCUCAGCCAGCUGCCAGCCGCUCCCUCUGCAUGGCUGUGUACUCCAGAAGAAAGCUCCAUCCCGCCCCUGGAACCUCAUGAUAUGACCCAACCACUUUUCCGCCUUCCCCAGAAGCACUAGCAAAACACACACACACACACACACACACACACACACACACACACACACACACACACACACACACACACACACACACACACACACACACACACACACACACACACACACACACACACACACACACACACACACUUUUACUGUUCAUCCUCAACCCAAACAGAGUGCUCCUUAUACCCCAACCACAAUUCCAUAGACCUCAGUGCUUUCUGCUUCCCCCACCCCCGAUCUCCGUCCAUAUGGGCCCACUCUCUCCGUCCAUAUGGGCCCACUCUCUCCGUCCAUAUGGGCCCACUCUCUCCGUCUAUAUAGUCCUGCUAGCCAUUCCCUUCAGUGGAUGAAGUCUUCGUAAUUCAGUCGGUACAGAGAACCCAGGAUUGAAGUCAUCCCUCUACAAAACAAGCAAAUGGUAUUUUACACUUCUAACAAAUAUUAUAGCACGAAACGUUAUAGCAUGUUACAUAUUUUAAUUAACUGUUUGUUUGUAUGUACAGUAGGUGUGUCUGAGUCAUUGUAUAGUCAUUUGGGGGUUUGCUAUACCUCAUGAAAAGUUUCAUGUGUAACUGAAUGGAACUCAGUGAACGAUGAUGCCUCUGAUGUCUUGUGUCAAUAUGUGAAGACUUUGUGGUAACUUCUGUAACCAAAUGACCAUCACAUUGUGCCUGGUUAAUAUAGCAAAGGGACCAUAAACUAUGCCUUGUAUAAGAGAUGCCACCCACCCUAAUGCAGAGGAAUUCAUAGACCUAAAUUCAGUUCUGUUUUUGUACUAACAUUCUGUGCUGUGCAUUUAUUACUUAUGUAUAAUUGAUGUAAUGUACUUGUAUGUGCCCACUGUCCAUGUGUGUUUCAGCCAAUCCCAUGAUUGUUAAAGACCCACAGUAUGAAAGGGAGAGUAGGAUCAUUUUGUUCCAGGCCUGAUAUUGCUUGAAUGUAGUUUUUUUCCCCUUCAAUGUAAUUUGUCAUGUUUACAUAAACAAAUAUGUUUAUAUCUGAAUCAUUGUGUGUAGAAAACAUAAUAAAUUAGGUGAAAACUGA